AUGAAGCUUUCUCUUGUCUUCGGCGUGCUCGCAUCCAUCGUGGUUCUUGCCACAGCGUACCCCACAGAAGGAACCACUGGCAUCGCGAAACGUUCCAAUGUCGAGAAGCGCGACCUUGACGCCAUUGACGAUGCCUAUGCCUUCGGGGAAUACGACAAGCGCGACCUUGACGCCAUCGACGAUGCCUAUGCCUUUGGGGAAUACGACAAGCGCGACUCGGAGGGACUUGACGCCGUUGACAAUGCCUAG